UGGGUCCACCUUUGAUAUUUCAAAAUCUCGGCUUCAUUUCAAACCCAGAGAGAAAACCAUUUUUAGAUAAAAGUAGAACCAAUUAAAAAAGAAAAAAAAAUGGACAAAAUUUGAAUGAAUAGAGACUUGUUGCUUCUGGGCUUUGGAUAAUACUAGCAGUUCCCUAUAUCAUUUGAGUUGUUGUCUCUCAAUUCUUUUUCUCUGACAGUACACACAUCUUUGACUAGCAAAAUCUGAAAUCUUGAAUCCCCAGAAAAAGGCUAAUUCUUGAAAUCUGCCUCUUCAGAUUUUAUGGGUUUACACUAAUGUAUGUGCAUUUUAUCUUUUUGUUGUUCUUUCUCGGUUUCAUUCCUAGUCUUGGAGACAAUAAACUGAAAUGGGCUAGCAUUUGGAUCUUUUUUUUUCUUGAUUUUUUUAGUUCAGGUGGAUAUUGUGCUAUGAGGUUUUAGGAGAUUAAUACUAUUGGUUAUUGAGAUGGAAAAGAGGAAAUGGUUGUGGAAGAGGAAACCUUCCGAUAAGAGCCCUGGUGAAACGGAGAGUUCUGGUUCAUUGUCUUCGCAUUCAGAGAGAUACUCUGAUGAGCAGUUGGAGCAGGAUGCACUGAAAGAAUUUUCUGACCAUGACAAGCAGUCACCAGAGAUAACCUCAAAAGCUGCAACUAUUGAUGAUGAAGCCAAGGAAAGCUUGAGAAGUUUGACAGAGAAGUUAUCAGCUGCUCUUGUUAAUGUUAGUGCCAAAGAAGACUUAGUUAAGCAGCAUGCAAAAGUAGCUGAAGAAGCUAUUGCGGGUUGGGAAAAGGCAGAAAGUGAAGUUGCAGUUGUAAAGCAACAACUAGAUGCAGCCGUGCAGCAGAACUUGUCUUUGGAAGUUCGUGUCAGCCAUCUUGAUGGUGCACUAAAGGAAUGUGUCAGGCAGUUGAGACAAGCUAGGGAUGAGCAAGAGAAACGAAUUCAAGAAGCUGUUGUAGAGAAAAAUGAAUGGGAAUCUGAAAAAGCUGCACUUGAAAACCAGCUACUUAAGCUCCAGUCACAAGUAGAGACUUGCAAAGCUGAAACUCCUACUUCUACUGAUCCUGAUAUCCUUGUCAGGCUUGAUUGUCUGGAGAAGGAGAAUACAGCUCUCAAAAUUGAGCUUCACUCUUGUUCAGAGGAGUUGGAAAUUAGGACCAUCGAGAGGGAUUUGAGCACUCAAGCAGCAGAAUCCGCCAGCAAGCAGCACCUAGAAAGCAUAAAAAAGGUGACCAAGCUUGAAGCUGAGUGUCGAAAGCUUCAGGCCACGGCGCGCAAAGCAUCCCCAUUUAGUGAUCAACGUUCCUCUGCUGUUUCAUCUUACUAUGUAGAGUCUGUCACUGAUAGUCAGUCUGAUAGCGGAGAGCGGUUAAAUACAGUCGAUAACGAUGGCCUUAAGAUGACUAAACUGGAAACAAAUGAAUAUGAACCAAGUUGCUCUAAUUCAUGGGCUUCGGCACUCAUUGCUGAGCUUGAUCAAUUUAAGAAUGAAAAGGCCACGCAUAAAACUCUUGCUGCCUGUUCCAUUGAAAUUGAUAUGAUGGAUGACUUCUUGGAGAUGGAACGACUUGCUGCAUUAUCUGAAACUGCUAAUAAGACACCUUCAAUUACAUCUGAUGCUGUUCCUCAUGACUCACCCAAUGUCGAGAACCCUUUGGCAGCAGAAUAUGAUUCCAUUUCACAAAGGGUGGCUGAAUUAGAACAAAAGCUGGAGAAGAUAGAAGCAGAGAAAGCUGAACUGGAGAAUGCUUUAAGCGAGUGUCAAGAUGCCCUUAAGGUGUCCUCUGUGCAUCUUAAGGAAAGUCAAACCAGAUUGGAAGAGCUGCAGAAGGAGCUAGAUGCAGUGAAUGAAUCAAAAGAGUUGCUUGAGUUUCAACUCUUCGGCAUGGAGGUAGAAGCACGGACCAUGUCUGCAAAUAUUGGUUCUUUGAAGACAGAGAUUGAAAGAGAACAAUCCUUGUCAUCAGACAUGGAAGCUAAGUGUCGUGAAUUGGAAAAUGAGCUCCAGAAAAAAGACCAGAAAGUUGAACUUCAGCAAACUUUUGGUUCAAACGGUGAAGUGAAAAUAAAACAGGAGGAUUUAGCAGUGGCUGCUGACAAGCUUGCAGAAUGCCAGAAAACAAUUGCAUCCCUUGGAAAACAGCUACAGUCCCUAGCCACUCUGGAAGAUUUCCUGAUAGACACUGCAAAUCUUCCUGGGGGAGAAUCAGUUGUUGCUAAAGCGGGAGGAGAACUAUGGAAAUUGCAUGUAAACGAGACAUUUACCCCAAAAUGCGGUUCUGAUCCUUCCAAGGUCGAGGAAGAGAAUGCGAGUCAUUCUAUGAAUGGAAAUGAAGGGGAAUCAUCAGCAUCUUCAUCUACUUCAUCCGCUACUCAGGCGACCACUGCCAAAAGCAAAAAUGGUUUUGGGAAAUUGUUUUCUCGGAGUAAGAGCGGACUCCCAACGCUAAAAGUUAAUGACGAUAAAUAACUAGAGGGAAGCUGGAAUAUAAUUUUACGGGACAUCAAUUGGUAAAAAGUUGCAUGGCUGAUCAAAUUCUGUUUGAUAAGCAUACUGUUUGCUUCAAGAGUUAUGAAAAGUGUUCAGAAGUUUCAAAUGGCAUUAGAUCUUGAAUUUACACUGCUUUGGCUGUUCUCCCUCUUUUUAUUUAAUCCCUCUCAGCAGAUUUUUGUAUCCAUUUCUUGAACAUAACUAUCCCCUAGAGAAAAGAACCUUAUAGGUUUGUUUA